AUGGGAGAAAGUUCUCCUGAUCUGAGCCUGCGGCUUCGCCGUGGUAGCUCCGACUCCAGGGAUUCCUUCUACAUGGACUUUGCGCAGGGUAUAGAUUCGGAUAUCGAAGAAGUAGCCAGACCCAAUGACAGCUCUGAUCCCAUUGUGGAUAACCGUAUCGAAGAAAAUGGCAACGACCUUCUGCCACCUAUAGAGGACAUUACGACGAUACCGGAAGAGGUUUCUGAAGAGCUAAGGGAGGAACAGGAAGAGGCCCUCGAAAGACGCGAUGAAGCUCGAGUAAUUAGCACGGAGACUGAGAAACCGGCUGACUGGCCAGGAUUACCUGCCGCCCUGCCUUCCCCAGCUUCUCCGUCGGCUGUCAUAGUCUCACCGGAAACGCUCUCGAGACACAGCAGCAGCUCGCCAUCCAGAACUCAUCGGUCACCUCAGUUCGCCUUGGCACUUCCAUGUUCCUCGCGACCGAUUCCUGCUGUCUGCUAUCCGGCACCUACGUUCCUACAGGUGACUGAAGACCGGAACUGGAAGCACCUAGGAGCAAACGCCUUGGCGACGACGCUCAGUGCUCUCUAUGGGAAACUUCUGGUUGUCAUGGGGAUCGCCUUCCCCAUGGCGGAAGUCAUCUCUACUUAUAUACCACCUUCCUUUUACGAGGCGUUCUAUCUUUAUUUAUACUUUGGCAGUAUGAUCUUUCUCUUGUAUAUGUACGCCAUGUUGCUCAGGGAUGGAAAGCCAAAACCGAAAAAACAAAGAGAAGACAGUGAUCUGGAUUCUUCCCAAUCGUCCAGCGGCGCCGGUGGGGAUUCUGACAUACCGGAAACCGGAUGUCCCCAUAUGACAGUGACGAAACCCGCCCAGCAUUACGGUAGCUUUUAUCUGCGAAUGGGCGCAGUGGCUUUUGGAAUCGGUUCGAUGAUUUACUCUGGUUUGGAAUUUGGCCAGUAUUUUGAAUUAGAACGAAACACAAAAUGCCACAAUGUAAUGCUGGCCCUGACACCAGCAACACGAAUGGCCUUCAUCUUCAUCCAGAUGUACUUUAUCUUCUUGAACAAUGAACAAAUGAAGGUCUACAGACAUCGGGUCGUCGCCCGAUUUGGAUUAAUGCAUAUGAUUGGCACGAACUUAUCCGUAUGGCUGAAUGUCCUGGUGCAGGAGACUAAACACGAGAUCCUAACAUUUUACAAUCCUGAAAAUAAUUCUCUGAGAAUUUCACACAGACUCGGAGCAAAACUUGGAAUGCACUUGGGCGGCCACAGUCACGGGCAUCACGGUGAGCAUGUCAGACUGGCAAGAGGCCUGAAGGGACCACAUCACAUGUUUGAAUGCAGAAGGACCAACAUAAUGGGUUCAUUGGUCCAGGAUGCAAGUCCUUUCCUCUUUCCCUGCACCAUAGAAUACAGUCUGAUAUGCGCGGCCAUAUUAUACGUAAUGUGGAAGAACAUUUCGAAAACCAACGUAGCUCAACCAAUGACACCACUUGGUUCCCAUCAUCAUGCGCAUGCAUACAGAAGGUCUCCUCAUCACUACAGCGUGGACUGCGCCCGCGCACACAAGGGCCUCUUCGUUGGCAUCCUGAUCUUAGUGCUGACCAUCAUUUCCCUCAUCCUCUUCUUCGUCCUGAUCUCACGUCCAGAACUGGUGAGCCUGGCCGUGACGGAAGUAAACGUGUGCGAGCUGACCCUUUACGGGAUGUCGACCCUAGCGACCCUGAUAGGGAUGUUCCAGAUGCGCAAAUUACGUUAUGACGGCGGACGUAAUUUAGAACUGGACAAUAUCCUCCUAGUAGCAGCGCAAACUGGAAUGUUCAUCUAUUCAACGUUUACAAUAAUAGGAGGUCACUUUACUUUAGAGAAACAUACAGUCCUUGUACUUGUGACGGCCCUGGCCAGCGUGAUCCAGACUACGUGCCAGACUAUUUUCAUCCUGGAUGCGUCGAGGCGCAGCGUCGCUACGGCUGAGCAGAUAAGACGCAAACCAGGUCGCGAGAUCGUGACCUUCCUCCUGGUAACAAAUUUGGCCAUGUGGGCCAUCAACACCCUGGAGAAGUCACGUGCAGAAUCUCAUCCUGUACAGCUUCACUUUUAUGGCCUCUGGGCCUGGACCAUUAUCACCCACGUCUCUAUGCCCUUGGCUAUAUUCUACAGGUUCCAUAGCACAGUGUGCCUCUGUGAGGUCUGGAAGAGGGCCUAUAAGGUCAAACCUACUUACAUGUGACGUAAGGGGUCAGAGGGCGUGUGGAAACUGGUUGGCAGGGCAUCUCGUCCCAGGAAUCUGCCGGCUAAGCUGGAAGCAAUAGCCGAGAACGAGGCAGCCUAUUUUACUUGAGAUCCUUGUCGAAUCUUUUAUACGCACCUUAAGACACUCUGUCACAUAUGUUCGAUAUUAUACUUGCAUAUGAAUAAGUACGAUCAAAGAUCACUCAAAUUGGAGUAUCAUUUCUAGCUGCUCUUAUCGCUGGAAAGAUUCCGAAUUCCAUUGAAGAAAAAAAAAUAUCCGUCUUCCACUCAUCCAGAGAGUAUACGAUACGAAUAGUUCUAUAACGAUGGCGUAAAUUGAAACAUCCACUAAAUUAUAAUACCAGACUAACCUAACCUUGAUCCAAUUGAACAGCGAUGUUCCUAACAUAGACAGCGUUUUUCAAAUAGUCUUUACUGAAGUUAUCCUUUUACGAAAAAUCACAAAUCAAAACCCUUCGUUAUUACUAUAAAUGACACAACGUUGUGCCGCACUUAAAAAUUUUAUAAUUCACAUAGCUGAGCAUGAUACAGGUAUGAGCCUCGACCACCACAUCAAAUUCUGUGUCAUAUAUUCCUAGAAAGUGCGAAGUAAGAGAGAUAAAAAAAAAAGGAGAAAAAACUACAAGUACAACAGUCGAAUCAUAUCAUACACAUAUUAUUCAUACGUAAAGAAGCUCCGUCGAAAACUAAUAUAUAUUAUAUGCGUAGUAUACCUAUACAAAUCUUUUGUCAAUAUCAUCGCUAGAAUACCGUUUUAGAUACAUCAUAUGUGGGAUCAAGAUUUUUGAUUAGAGUCGACUAAGCGUGCGUUUUAUAUAAUAUACGAGGAACAGGAUCCGCGUGAUUGUGAGCCACAGGAUGCGAAUGCCCUACUCAUAUUUUUAUGCUCAACUGACCUCUGUUAAGAUGAGAGUAUGUUACAUAUGGGAGCAUGUUACUAUAGCGAGAAUGGAAAUAUAAGUGAAUGUGUAUGAGUGAGAGGGAGAGAGAGAGAGAGAGAGAGAGAGAGAUGCAUAGCACGCUUGAGAUAAUAAUCGGACAUGUAGAGAAUUAAAUGAGAAUGAAAAUGUGUGACUCGAUGUAAGCGCAUAAGAGUCGAUAACGUAUUCGAAUCAUAUAGAUGAUACAUGUUUUGUCCUAGGCGUUUUACAUUAUUACAAUUUACAUCGUAUUACGAUAGUCAUACAUGUGGAAGUGAUCGAGCCAAUUUAUUUGUACGAUAGUAUCGAUUAGUAUAAAAAAUAUUUGUAAAUAGGAAAGGAAUCCUCUUCGAUGUUUAGAUAUAGAUCGUGUCGACAUGUUUCUACCUAUGAUAUAUAUAUAUAAUAUAAACACAUAUAAAUUAUAUAUAUAUAUAUAUAAUAUAUAUAUAUUUAUUAUUGCGUUGUUCUAUUAUAAUAUUUAUUGUAAUAUUACAAUACGUUCAUACGAGUAUAAACGUUACGAAUAUUCCUUCGGACUCGUGUCGAGAUGAAUUUUUGAAAGAAAUUUCUUUUUCCAAAGAACUUUUCGAUCUCUCUGUUCUCAUCUUGAUUAAUCAAAGACUUUUUUUCCAUCUGCGUGAAAAAUUGUGUCUAUAACUCGUUGGAGCCUAUCGUUAUUGCAAGUGUCUUUGGAAAAUAUAUAUUUGCGUUGUUACGAUUGUUGUUUUCGCGUUCAAGAAUCUCGACAGGAUAUCCGGUGGUAACGGUCUUAGGAGAAAUUUUAUUCUCUACUCGUGACCGCCAAUCAAAACUCUACACGUCACGUCUUUUUAAACGCUGUACUUCUUUUCUAUGUCCACGUAUUCUAGUUCCUAUGCGAUGUUUGUACUCUUAUACCCUUUGUACUAUUUGUACCUUACGAAUUGCAAUACAGUCGUCCGCAGUGACAUGCAUACUAAAA